GCUUUUUCAAACAGCCUUUGAUUUUCUCAACUUGCAUUGCCUUCUUUUAUGCUCACAAAUUCUAUCCCUCUCUUUCUUUCUUGUUACCAUCGUUAUCGCCAAUCUCAUCCCCUCAUUCUUAUUACACUCCCCACUCUUCCCACUUUUCGCCUUCUCCACUCUUUAGUUUUAGUAUUCACUUUGUUCGUGAACCGAAUGUCUUGACAUCUAGCUCCCUUCUAAAAUUCUCUUCACUCCUUCAUUUAAACAUUCCUGAGUAUUCAUUCAUUUGCAUUUCCUUCUGUUCAUUUGUUUCCUAUUACUUAUAUUGCUUCUGUCUUCUCACUCUUUUUUCUUCUCACUUUUUUUUCUUCUCUUGAGUUUUCCAACAUCACUACACACUUUGCUGCAAUAACACGGGUUACUCAAUGUCCACACCACCAUUGAGCCCUUCUACUAAAACCUCUUCCGGGCCUGUGUCGCCUUCAGUCUCUCGGCGGAAGCUGUCGCGAACCCAACAUUCCAAACCAAAUGAGUCUUGGUUCCUUAUUCUUGUUAAUGCCUUCAAAAGCAACUUUGAACAGACUCUUACCUACCGAGAGUCAGAACUUUAUGCCUGGAUCAUGCAGGCCUAUCCUUAUUACCGUCACGAUACUCACACAAUGCAAACUAGUGUCAAGACGACCUUGUCUUCAUAUGAAUGCUUUCGACAGAACGGCAGAAGUACAUGGACAUUCAUUCCGCGGCGAGCCCUUGUCCAUUUAGAAAGCCUCAAGUCACAGGAAAACCGCAGAGAGAGCAAUAUUUCUGGUGAAGAAGACGAGGAGGAGUUCGAGGAUGAAGAACAAGAAAUUCCAGAUCAAGAUCAUGGCGAAGGCGAUACAGAAUCUCAUUACAAUUACCGAAGUCUGUAUACUGACCAUCCUAACCGGCAUGAGGCUCACGAAGAUGGACCCAGUACUAGGAUACGAUAUGUCGACAAGCACUUGGACCUGAUGGAUGAGGAUUCACCAACUUUAUCAAUCGAAGAGAUCCAGCGUUUUAAGCAAGAACACUCUGGAACUCAAUCUCGCAAGUUGAAGCGCAAGGCUUCUGGUGAACAUGGAAGUCGUCCCAGGACACGAUCACCACCUGCGGCCCUUCAGGAUGAGUGCAGCAUGUCCAUGAAGGCAUGGUAUAAUUUGCUAGUCCACAUGUUUGAGGCUUCACCUAAGCAAAAAACCAUCCGUGAAAUUUUUGCGUGGGUCCAUGACAAUUAUCCAAUUUAUCGGGACGCUCCGGAUAAUACAUGGCAGAAAGAUUUGACAGCCGCAUUGGAAUCAAACCCUUUAUUCAAGGCAAUGGGCCGAGGAAGGUGGCAAAUGGUAACGCAAACAGCACAGCCUAUCAUAGUGGUUAACGAAGGCACAGGAACGCCAGGAAGUGGCUCUGCAACUAAUCCACCUUCAAAAGUCGGAGAUGAUGCCACCGAUAGUCCUUCUGUGACAGAGGAUGAGGAUUGGAAGGCCAUUGGCUCAAAACGGCUACUCAACUUCUCCUUCCGACGUUAUUCAAUUGCGACAGAUACUGUCCCUAAAAAUCAAUACAAGAUCGGGUCUACCGUCCCUGCUAAUUCGGAUGGUCAAACAGCAACAAACGGCAAAGUAAAUGUGGCUAUUAUAGCGUCUCCUGGAUCAUCUCUGUCCACCACGGCAUCUGGAGGCAAUCUUCUACCCCUUGAUCAUCGAGCGACGGCAUACAACACAACGGGAAGACGAUUUUCUUCCUAUCAUCAACCAACUCCAAAAAACUCCCCUCCUCUUGCAGCUACUACUACUGGACUUUUACCAAUCGAAGAAAUAGGCAAUCAUAUUAGAGGUGCAUUGUCUCAGUCGGCAUCGUAUGAAGAAGAUUCCGCCAGGAGAUAUAUGGCACCAUUACAGAAUGCUAUCAAUUCUGCUGUCCUUGCACUCCAAUCGCAACAACCUGAUCAGCACCAGAAUACUUUGACCACAGUGAUACCAGCUACAGCAUCUUCGCACAUAGGCAACUUCCAGACAAAUCGCGAUUUACAGAAUACAUCACAGAUAGGUCGUCAUGAGGAUCAAGGAUCUACCCAGAAACCAACCACAGCCCUCGUUUCCACAGAUGACGCCUCACCCACUGUGUCUUCCUCAAGAACGGUAUCAAAUCCUGAAUCUCAAGUAGAGCCUGAGAUCCUAAUACCCAAUAGCGAGAACCUUGCUUCUGAUCAAAUGGAUGCCAUUCAUGCUUUGGCUUUAUUGUGCGGAGGCGGUGUUUAGACCCCACAUGGAAUAGAUUUUAAUAAAAGAGUUUAGACU